AAAAAGGGAUUAAGUUUCUUCCGUGUCUUCUUCUUCUUCUUCUUCUUCUUCUUCCAUUGUCGUUAGGGUUGAGAUUCCGAUCUCAAUGUCGAUCAAUAUCGGAGAAUUCUCCAUUCCAGACCUCCCUCUUUUCUUCUCCAUGUUCUUAACCAUCUACCUAAUCGCUUACUUCAUCGUUUUCCGCAAUUGGAAACCACAAAUCCGUCCCGAAGCUUCAAGCUGCCUGAUCUCAAUCUUCCACGGUACUCCGGCGGUUUUCCUCGCCACACGCGCCGUCUUCUCCUCCUCCGCACGCUCCUUCGCCUCCGCAAACACCGCCGCACAAAACACCGUCCUCGAUUUCAGCGUCGCUUACUUCCUCACCGAUCUCUUCCACUACAUCGUCUUUAACCCUAACGACGUCCUCUUCAUCGGCCAUCACCUAGCCACUCUAUUCGUCUUCCUAACCUGCAGAUUCCUCGUCUUCCACGGCGCUUGCGCCAUCUUAGGCCUCCUGAUUCUAGCAGAAGUCACAAGCGCGUGUCAGAACGCGUGGACGCUCGCCGGAGCAAGGAAGAAUGAUCCGGAAUCACGAUUAGCCGUAAAAGUGUACGAUCUCUUGUCCCCUCCGUUUUACGCCUUCUACAGUAUCGUUAGGGGAGUGUUGGGACCUUUGUUUUUCGGGAAAAUGGUUGCGUUUUACGCUCGAGGCGGUGCUCAUGGUGUGAUACCUAAUUGGUUGUGGAUUUCUUGGGCUAUUGUUGUUGGAACUGCUAUUACUGUUAGUAUACUUUGGAUUUGGAAUCUCUGGAUAGAAUUGUUUAGACAAAGGAAGGCUAAGAAAAUUAGAUAGUUUCUUCUCAACAAUCAUUGUUUGAGCUUCCUUUCCAUUGUACUAUAUAUUAUAUAUACAUACCAUUAUUAUUCUCACCUUUUAGAAUUCUCUAAAUUAUGUAUGUUUUGGAAUAAUAGAUUUGCUUUUGGAUAAGCAGUAUGUGCAAAAUGCACUGUUUAAUUCAUCUCUGUAUUGUUCAGAAGUUCUUCUCUUCAGAGUUGCUACCCAUUAAAAUUUACAGUUUGUG